AUGUGUACUGAUCCAAAAGAAUUAUUUAUUUCAAAAUCUGAAUAUGCAAAAUGGAUUAAAGAGUUUCUAAAAACAAAAAGGCCUCUAGUAAACUAUGAUUGCAAAAGACAUAAACCAUUUGUUUGCAGAUUUUGCUUUGGGGAAUGGUUUUAUAAACCAGACUCCUAUGCUCUUUUACAUCAACCAGAAGAACAAGAAAUCCGAGAAAUUCAACCCGGUCAAUGGCGUGACAAAGGUGAAAAAAUAUAUGGACCAGUUACCGAUAUUGUAUACUGGCCAAAGAAUAGACAUUGGGAAUCGAUCAAAAAUAUUCCUAAAAGUACAGCACCUUCGAUUCAUGAUCCUAUUACAAGAUGUCAGAAAUCAUAUCUUAAUGGAGGAGGUGGUUCAGGAAAAACAACACAUGCAAUUCGAAUUUUCAAAAAUAUAAACAUGGUUGUAUUUACUCAUACAAAUGCAUUAGCUAAAGAUUUUCGAGAAAAACGUGAUGUAAAAGCUCAAACCUGGCAUAUGGGAGAGUGGACACCUGAACGCAUGGGAGAGAAAAAAUUUCCACGAGUUGUUAUUUGGGAUGAGGUAAUUUGUUGCGGUGAUGAUGCACAACCUCCGCCAUUCUUUAGAGAAAUGCCACAUAAUUGGUUAAAAGAGCAUGCUGAUUAUUACGAAGAAGUUUUAACUGAUUAUUGUGCAAAAUGUCCUAAAUUACAUGAACUCAAAAAAGCUAUGCAACUUCAUCAAAUAAAAUAUCCUGAAAUUCCAAUCUCAUUAAUUUAUAGGCCAAGAGAUGGACGCAAACAAAACUGCCUUGUCCAGAUCCCUGGCCUAUCUGAAAAGAAGGAGUUAGUAAAAAAUGACAUAGUAUACUUAUUCUUAAAUACACUUCCUGACAAAUUCUUAAAAGAUAUGUUGGCAGAUAAAAAAGUCAUAGAUUGGGAACUUGGAUAUGCUAUGACUAUUCAUACUAUUGGUCGUGUGGAAUAUUUAAACCAACUCAUUCGGGUUGAAGCGCCUCUAUUACCUCCUGAAAUUGCUCAAGAGAUUGAGGAGGCAAAAAAGAAAAGACAGCUAAAGCACAAAUUGAGACUGUCUAUUCAGGAAAAACUUAUCAGAUAUAUAGGCCAGAACAAAGAAAAAGGUCAUAAAUUUGAUCUAACAGUUGACUAUAUCCUCACAUUAAAAUGUAUUCAAGAAGACAAAUGCGCAUCAUGUCUCAUCGAAAUGAAAUUUGAAUGGGAUCAGCCAGGAGAUAUACUUCAGUGA